AGGGACAGGAGGCAUUGUGGGUAAAAGAUUUAAGAGAAACAGCAUAAGAAAGGACAGAGAAACAGAGAAGGGGGGGGGGGUCGGUUGGUGCUUGGUGGAUUAAGUCGGGUUAGAGAGGAUUAGUGUCUGUUUUGGUUGGUAGUAAAAUCACAUCCAUGUCAGGAACCACUGGCUGCUGACACACGUUAGCAUCCAAAACACAUUGGGGCCGAGGAAGAGGAGGACGAAGAGCUGGGGAGUCAGACUUUCUUUCCUACUGGGGUGAAUCUUGACAAUCACCAUGAGACAAACUAUAGAUGAAGGUGUCAGAGAGGUGCUGUCCUGUGUGGUGGAGGACGUCGGUCAUGCGGUCACCAGGAACGUUGACGGUGCUCAGCUCCUUCACGAGCUCCUGAACGCACCUUGGCUGCGCGCUCUGCUGCAGAUUUACGAGUGCCUGUUGGAUUUCGAGAUGGCGACACCCACACCCCUCCUGCCUUAUGCUUCAGGACUGUCACAUGAGAUCGUGUCUGCAGUACAGGUAAUCCAACACCCGUCAGCUGAAGCCAGAGAGUUGCACCACCUGCUCAGCACGCCUCACAUCCAGGCGUUGCUCUCCUCCCACGACAGUGUGGCGCAGUCAGACUUCGGGCCGGUGUUGCCGCCACUUCCUGACGACAUGCCGGAGGACGAAGAGGCCAUGAGGAUCGUCUGUCUGGUGAAGAACAACCAGCCGCUGGGCGCGACGAUAAGGAGGGACGAGAAGACGGGAGCCGUUUACAUCGCGAGGGUGAUUCACGGAGGCCUGGCCGACCGCAGCGGACUCCUCCACUCUGGGGAUCUGCUGGUGGAGGUGAACGGGAACCCUGUCGCGGGUUUGGAGCCGGAGCAGGUCAUCCAGAUACUGAUGAAUUCCCAUGGAACGAUCCUGUUUAAAGUCAUUCCUGAUGCCGCUCAGAGCAGCAGCAGCCACAAGUCGGUGUUCAUGAAGGCGAUGGUGGAUUACUGCCCCCUGCAGGACGUCUGCAGCCCCUGCCCCGAUGCAGGCAUGGCGUUCUGCAGAGGGGAGCUGCUGGAGGUGGUGGAUCAGACCGACGGGAGGUGGUGGCAGGCCAGGAAGCUGCCCUCCUCCUCCGCCUGCGCCGGGCUCAUCCCGUCCGCUAGCAUGCUCCGCAGUAAACAGAGGGAGCAGUGGUGGUGUCAGCCCCUUCAGGUGCACACCUGCAUCAAACCCUUGACGCUGGGAGGAAACGCUGAGGACAGUCAAACACCUGCUGAUGAAAACUGCCCGGCAACAGACCAGGCUGACACUGAUGUGGCUGAUGGGAUUUACCUCGCUGGUUUCCGGCGUAGCUUCCGUCUGUGGAGGAGGACGUCCUACAGGAGGAGGCGGCAGUCCUGCACCUCCUGCUCCCCCGACACCAGCUCCCUCUGCCCCCCCUACGAGGAGGUGGCUCUGUACCAGCGCCCCCCCCAGGAGAACCACCGCCUCGUCAUCCUGCUCGGUGCGACCAGAGUUGGAGUAAAUGAACUGAGGAAAGGUCUGGUCAAACUGAACCCGUCCACCUUCCAGGGACCCGUACCCCACACCACUCGUCCAAUCAGAACCGGGGAGCAGACAGGACGAGAAUAUCACUUCAUCACCAGAGAGCUGUUUGAGUACAUGGUCUGUAACCACAGGUUUGUGGAGUAUGGGGAGUAUAAGGGUCACCUGUACGGGACGAGCACCGACUCCAUCGACGACGUCCUGCAGCGAGGGCGGAUGUGCAUCAUCGACGUGGAGCCGCAUAGCAUCCAGCCGCUGCGAUCGAGGAAGCUGAAGCCGUUCGUAAUCUUCAUCAAACCUCCGGCCGCGGACCGGCUCAGAGAAACUCGGAGGAAUGCCCGAAUCCUUUCGAGCUGCAGAGAGAGCCGAGCGUUCAGGGUGAGAGGAGCAAGGGUUAGCCAUAAGCCAAUCACCAACCAAGGAGGAGGACUUUGUGCAUCUGGAGGAGACGUCCCGUUUGAUCGAGGAAAAAUACAAACAGUUUUUCGACUUCACGCUGGAGAACAACGAGCUGCACGACUCCUGCAGGAGGCUCUGCUCCGUCAUACAGGAAGCACAGGAGGAGCCGCAGUGGAUCCCCGUCAGCUGGAGCAGAGAGGAGUGAGGAGGAAGAGGUUGAAGAGGAGGAAGAAGAGCAGUGAGGAGGGGGAGGAGGAGGAAGAAGAGCAGUGAGGAGGUGGAGGAAGAGGAAGAAUAGGAAGAGGAGAAGAGCCUUAGAGAGACCUUAUUUCAGAAAAAUGUAAUAUUUAGAUUUUGAA